AUGGCGUUCCCGCGGGAGUCGAGCUUCAUGCCGACUAUCAAGUGCUCGUCAUGUGGAAACGAGGUCGAGAUCUCCAUGAUGGGGGAGCACAUUUGCGGCGCCAGCCUCGAUAGCGCACUUCCUUCACCACAAACCGCUGACACGUUCGCUUCCUACGCACAUCGCCCGUUUCUAGGCCAAAGUCAAAUAACACCAAUCAGCAGUUCUACGGGCUCCCUAAGUGUAUCACCCAAAACCCCCAGUGGCGGUAGGCCCGACGACUAUUUUCAGCCAGAGAUUGCGACCGACUACGACGCAACACCACCACUAACAGCAAGGCGACCUGGCGGAUACGGCGGCUUCGAAGAGCCCGACGCGCGAGACGGUGAGCCAAACUAUCAGUCAAGCAGUCCCAAGAGGCAACAGGGUGCCCUGCUCCAGCGCAUGAAUACAAUCGCGCCAGGGCCGUUCGAGAUGAACCGUAAGCCAGGACCAGCAUCGAAAAACGCAUUCGCCUCGUUACGAAAGAACUCAACGACCGACGAGAUGCCCCCCGUGUCACCGAGAAUCACCGAAUCCCCCAAACUCGGCUACAGCACUGAACGGACCAGCCCAGUCGCACAAAGCACCAGUGCGCCAAAAGAUGGAUUCGCGUUCUUGGGCAACAACCACGUGGGUAUCGCGCCCCCAAGGGUACCCAGGAAGAAUGGCUACGGUGGAUUUGGCCCUCCAGGCCAAUCACCAGAAGAGUUCGAACCAGAGCCCUUUGGUGUCAACCGAUCCGGAACAUUUCCCAGACCCAACAACCCUGCCGAAGCUCCUCUACGGACCCCGUCAGCGCCUGGGCCACGACCCGAACGGCUCAAGCAGAUUGUCGACGAGGCCCCGAGCCACACUCGUCAACCCUCAAUGGGUCCAGAUACCUCGAGGCCACCACCGCCACGAACUAGUCUUCUCAGUCCAUCAACCGCUGGAAAUGGCUCGUCAACUAUCAACCUGGCCAACGAAUUCGGUGUUGGGAAUCCCUACCACUCGCCUUCGGACUCAGCGUCGUCAGGCUACUCUACCUUCAGCCGACCGGGUCACUCCAGCUCCCAAAGCAGCUCACAGACUAGCCCAGUCAGAUCGAGACCGGAGAGGAGGAAACCUUCGGACACGUCAAAUUUCGAUAACAUCAUGAUCGACUUGGAGGUCUCUAUGGCUGAUAUGGGCUCUAUGCAGCAAAACGCCCCCGUCUAA